UAAAAUGUAUGAAGCAUUAAACUUAUCCGCCCGUUAGUUAGCGUUGUAUAUGCCAGAUAACAAUUGUAGAUAAGAUAGCGUAUUAGCUAUUAGAUAAGUAUCGAAAAGUUUAUCAGAAACCGGUUCAAAUGAUCUGUUAACUAAAAAAUAUAAUUGAACUUUAAUUUUGUUAUGUUGUUAUAUAGUUGUUUUUGAUAAUCGUUAUCGUGCUGUGAUAUUCCCGUUAUAUUAAGUUGUUCAAGUUGUCAUUAAUAGUGGUGUAUUUGUGUUAUGUUAUUUAAAAUGGACAGCUUUGAAACAAAAACACAAAAGCGUGAAAGAAAUGCAAAUUUCUCGCAAGAAGAAACGGACCUUCUUAUUUCGCUUGUUGAAGCAAGAAAACUAAUUAUAGAAAAUAAAACAAGUAACGCUAUCACUUGGCAAAAUAAAGAAAGAGCCUGGAAAGAAAUUGAGAAAAAAUUCAAUAAUUCAUCUCAAAAAGUGUUUCGUGAUCACAAACACCUUAAACAAAAGUACGAAGCUAUCAAAAGAGACGCCAGAAGAAAAAGUGCAGCAGUUAACGAUUCCUCUGCACUCACACCUGUAGAGCAGAAAGUUAAAGAAAUGAUGCUUCUCCAAGUCAAAGAAAAUGGAAGUUGUUUUGAUUCAGAUUCUGUUAGGUCAAAUUCUCCGUCUUCUGAUAUCAUACAACCUGCUAUGGCCUUCGAGCAAAUUUUAAAAGAAGAUUGUAGUUCUAAUAUUGACAAUACUGAGCAAUGUGAACCUACUAGAAAAGUAUUUAUAGUAUCACCACAAGAGGAACAAAUAAAAUAUGGAAUUAAAGACAAAAGGCCAAACGAUAAACUAACUGAAGAAAAAAUUGAAAUUGCCAAAAUUCAAAAAAAAAUAUUAACAGAAGAAUUAGAACAAAAAAUUAUUCAAAGGAAAAUUUUAGAAGAGGAGAUGGAACACAAGGAUAGUAUAUAUAAAAUAGAAAAAGAAAUUAAAUUAAGAGAAAAAAGUCCAUUUGAUAAACUAACUGAGGAAAAAAUUGAAAUUGCAAAUCUCCAAAAAAAAAUAUUAGCAGAGGAAUUAGAACAAAAAUUAAUUCAACGAAAACUUUUAGAAAAAGAAUUAGAGCACAAGGAUUACAUGCAUAAACAAGAAAAAGAUCAUUUUUUACUUAAAAUGAAGUUAUUAAAAAAAGAAUUGGGCGAAAAUGUUUAAUUUUUUGCCUACCU